AUGCUUGCCGGGCUCCUCCGCCUCCCAUCAACACUCCGCCGUCGCGCUCGCCGCCGUCGAAUGGCCACCCUGCUCCUCCUCGUCUUGCUUUCCCUGCUGCUCCUCCUUCCCCUGUACAUAAUCUACAAACCCCCUUCUCCGCUGCUGCGCUACCUCUCACACCGUUGGACCGACGUGCUCUUCCGGCUAUGGCUUCCUCCCUCAAAACCGCUCGUGGCGCUGACGAUUGACGAUGCGCCGUCGGAGCAUACGCGGCCGAUUCUGGCGGCUCUGGCGGCGGGAGGGGCGCACGCAACCUUCUUCGUCAUUGGCUCGCAGGUGGAGGGGCGUGAGGAGGUGCUGCGCGAGAUUGUGCGCGCCGGUCACGAGCUGGGCAACCACGGCAUGCGCGACGAGCCGGCGCGGGAUCUGUCCGAGGCCGAGCUGCGGUCCCAGAUCGGCGCGGUGCAGGAAAUGAUUGAGCGCGCCUACGAGGCCGAGGGCCGCGAGGUGCCCUGGAAGGCGAACGGCGCCACCAUCGGUGACGGCGGCGGCUGGGGCAAGGGUAAGUACUACCGGCCCGGCUCCGGCUUCUUCAGCCACAGGAUCCGCUCCUUGAUGAGGGGGAUGGGCUAUCGCCUCGUUCUGGGAAGCAUCUACCCCCACGACGCGCAAAUUGGGUGGGCGUGGGCGAACGCCAAGCAUGUCUUGAGCAUGCUGAGCCCUGGGGGAAUCAUUGUUUGUCAUGAUCGGCGCAGCUGGACAGAGCCGAUGCUGAGAAGGGUGCUGCCCGAGAUGAAGAGGCGGGGUUACAAGGCUGUAACGCUGUCGGAAUUGCUGGAUGAGGCUACUGGGUGACGAUGGGAUGGGUGAUGGAUUGGAAGCCAGCCACUGGAUAUCGUCCUGCCGGCGGAGGAGGGAUGGACAGUCCCGAUGAGCUCCCCAAGCGCUACAUUUGGGAGAAGUGCGAG